AUGCUCUCGAAUCUCAACGCGACAUCUGCACGAUUGAAAGCCCGCUGGAAGCUACCGCCAGAUACAUCAGAUAUCUCGUCAUUUGGCGGCUCGGUAUCAUUGUCCAGCCCUCGAUGUUCGGCAGCUGCACGUGGCGAGAAAGCAUUCAUAGCCUGUGGUAGCAGUAAACAAUCAAGGAAAACUAGUGUUCACCUUACAGACGCCUGGACGACUCACUGCGAAAUGACCGAAUCGAUUGUAUCAUCCAACCCACCACCUUAUGACAUGUCGGAGGACAUCCCUGGAGUCGGGUUGGGGUCCUCGACGCCCAACCAUGGUUCUGCUUCUUCGUCCCCAGGCCUCCUACCAAAUCCUGCCCCAAUUGUACCGAGUUGGUAUUCACAAGCUUUUCACUGGGCCUCGAUGUUCAGCUUCAUUGACUGCGGUCCGGAAUACCGCUAUCAUUCAAGGAUUUGUCUUUUCACUGGGUCUUUUCUAUUACUCAACAUAUAA